AAGGAAAUCGCUGUGGCUUCCUCUCCGGCUUCUAGGACAUGGUGUUUUCUGCCUCUCCCCCUGAAUGUGGGUCGAUGGGUUCACGGACUCCCGGAUUCGCGGCUGCUGAAGCGCGAGCUCCUACUCCAUUUGAUGUAGCUCUCGGCCUCAAGUGCUGCCGGCAAAGUGCUGACCGCCAGGCUUGAGGCCAAGGCCCCGGCCGACGCCGCUCCCCGCGUGGGCUCACGGCUGCACUGCGUUCGGUGCGGCUGGGCCCCACGUGCUCUCACUCCGCAAUCACCGCUGUUUCUUUGGAGCCCAGUCCCUCGCCAGCUGCGACCUUGCGAAGCGCUGGCUCUCAGCGCAGUGGAGCAGAUCAGCAACCGACAUCCCAGAUUCAGUAGUGAGGAUCAGGCUGCGGCAGGAACAGAGCGCCGCUUUAGCUCAGUGUUGGUGGCUUCACCCAGGAGGUGAAGCCAGGCUCAGGCAGGACCUAAGGAGCCACUGGCCUCCAUCCUCACAACCAUGGAGGCCCCGAGUCAUGGAGGUGAGCACGCCUCCCAGACUGCCCAGCCUGGAAGCCUGGACUUGCGGCGGCGGUCCACGGGGGCUGACUCAGCCUACAGCUCCUUCUCCACCGGCUCUGGGGGCCCUGAGCGGCGCACCCCAUCGCCUGGCCCCGCUGUCCCGUCGUCGCACGUGGACCGGGACUGCGUGCAAGUGUUCUGUGGUAGCCCAGGCCCAGCCCAACCGGACCUUGCCUUCGGCACAGCCCCCGGGCCAGGGCCAGCAGUCGCCACGCCCAGCGGGCCUUGGCCGCAGCUCCGGGAAGGCCCGGGGUCACUCAGCCGACAGACCACGCCACUGCUCUACGCGCUGGCCACCGAGGCCCAGGCCGGGGCUCGGGUGGCAGAGCCCCCCAGCCCUCCAGCCUCUAGGGCCGCCUACCGCCAGAGGCUGCAGGGCGCGCAGCGGAGGGUGCUCCGGGAGACGUCCUUCCAGCGCAGGGAGCUCCGCAUGAGCCUGCCCGCAUGCCUGCGGCCCGCUGCCCCGGCUCGGCCGCCCACGGCGCACCCGCGCUCCGCCUCGCUCAGCCACCCUGGCGGAGACUGCCGGGCGCCUGCGCCUGGAACCGCGGGCCCGGGGCGCCUUGCUGGCCAGCAGAGGAAGUGGUGCUUCUCGGAGCCGGGGAAGCUGGAUCGCGUGGGUCAGGGUGGUGGGCAGGCCAGGGAAGCCAGGCCAGAGCCCCAACUGCGGCGGGAGGCGAGGGCUGUGUUCCAAGGGCUGCGGGAGACCCAACCCCAAAGCACGGAGGAGCUGGACACUAGGUCUGAGAAGCUUGGCAAUGCCUGGAGGUCUGGUGGUCGGUGCCAGAGUGCUUCAGGCGAGGUGCUGGGUCCGCGCAUAGGGCCCGGAGGGACCAUAGCCACUGUCCAGGCAGUUCCCCAAGGAGCAGAACCGCCUAGACCAUUGUUUCAGACCACAUUUUCCAGGUUUUUGCCUCAGAAGGAGGCGUCAGUGGUGUGUCCUGCAGAGGUAUCUUGGAGCAGCCCGGCAGUGGACUGUGAACAGAAGGUGGAAGAGACCUGCACCUUGGAGCCUGCCCAGCUGCCCUCCCUUCCUGAUGAUGACGUGUUCCUGGAGGAAGCCCCGCUGGACAGGGUGAGAUCACCUCCAGGGUCCUGCUCCCCAGAGAAAACAUCAACCAGUGUUCAUGCUUCUGACCAGAAUCCUGGAACAUGCUUGGGCCAAAGAGCUAGCCAGGCUACAGCUUCCCUAAAAUGUCCCUUCCACAAGUGUCCUGGGACUGCAGGGGCAGAUGCUUACUGGCAGGGGGUGAAUGGUUCUGUGGGUGUCUCCAGGCCCACAAGCUAUAGCAGUCCCGGGACUACAAAUGGGGACAUCUCCACCACUGGCUGUACUGGACUGCCGACCCCUGACAGCCCUGCAGCUGCAGAAGACAACCUUCUCUGGCCUCACCCAGUGGAUGCCCUGGGUUCUUUAGGCAGUGGCACCAGAGGGCCCCCUCAUCACACUUUGCUGGCCAAGGGCACCAGCCAGCUGGGUUCUAGACCAACAUGGCCCAGCCAGCGUCUGGAGGAGCUGGUUCAGGAGCUGGCCAGAUUGGAUCCCUCCCUCAGGGACACUCUUGCCUCUGAGCCCAGCCCAGAGCCUGCCCUGGGCCUGCUGGUUGGGCUGAUCCCAGGGACAGAGGUCUGGGCCACCAUGAGGCCAGCUGGAGAGGAGGCUACAGGUUCUUCUGAGCCAGGGUCCCCUCAAUUCAGCUUCACUCAGCUGCUACCAGCUUCUCAGGAGGAGACAAAGCCAGAAAAUGCCACACUCCAACCUGUGCCUUGCCAGCCAUGUGGCCAGGGGCUCUCAGCACCAAAUGUCAGCAUCCAGGCCAAGAAAGUGGAGCUAGCUGGCCUCCUCCAAGAGAUGCUGCAGUACCUUCAGGCCAAGCAGGAGCAGCUGCAAGGGGUGGCCGAAGCAUGGGCCGGGCGCAGGGCAGCGCUGGAGGCCGCAGUGGGCCGGUCCUGUGCGCCCCGCGAGCUGGAGCGGUUCGGCCGGUUCAUGGCUGACCUAGAACGUGUGCUAGGCCUCCUGCUGCUGCUGGGCAGUCGGCUGGCCCGUGUGCACCGCGCUUUGGCCCGGGUGGGCCCAGACGGUGACCCAGAUGAGCGGGCUUCUCUGCUGCAGCGACUUGGGCUGCUGCAGCGACAGCAGGAGGACGCCAAGGAGCUGAAGGAACACGUGUCGCGGCGUGAGCGGGCCCUGCGCGAAGUGCUGGCACGGGCGCUGCCAACUGAGGAGAUGCGCUCCUACUGCGUGCUGCUGGCCGACAAGGCUGUACUCCUGGCCCAGCAGCGCAGCUUGGACGAGCGUAUCCGGCUCCUGCAGGACCAACUGGACACCAUCAGGAGUGACCUGGGCCUUCGGCUCCUUUCUCCCAGGCCAUCCUGGCCCCCAAAGACCUGCCUUCCGGAUAAACAGCCCUUCCCUCCUCCUGCUACCUAGUUCAAGCAGGUGGAGUGGGGAGUACUGUCCGGACCCACUCUGCACAUUGGGGCGAUGCAGGUUUAUCAGAGAGUGGAGGACCUGGCCCAGCUGCCUUCCUGGGAGAACUCUUCCCUCUGUUCCACACGGCCUUCCCCAGGUCCUCUGGGUUAUGUGGGAUUUACUUAAAACCUGCAACUUGCCCCCUUCUGUGAUGAGGGGUUCCGUAAGGAUUGGUUGCAGGGGACACCAGGCAGGAGCACUUCCACUUGCAAA